GUAUGUACCACUGUCAUGGUCCCUUUUCUCUCGACAUUGGGCCUCAAUGGAAGCUCGAUGAAGCGUAGCAGACCGUCAAAAGUAUGGUGUUGGCCAGGAUCAAAUGUCGCAGUCUGCAGCCAUAGAAGUAGUCUUUCAAUCUUGAUCACCUCAACACAUACCAUGCUUGGAGACAGCUAUGGACACCGUCUUAUGGCGACUUUGGUGGGGUCUCCCGUGCAACUUCACGUCGACGUCACUUGGUCAGGCCCUAAACCCAUUCGAGAACGACUGCUAAGCUCGGUCCACAUGCCAUUUUGGCAGCCCUCUUCUCCCUCUUCAUCUCCCUGCUCUUGUGAGUGGGUUCGUUGUAUCUGGGAAUUUGGGCACUGGGCUUCACUUCCUGAGAUCAACCAUCAACCCCCCCAUUCGUAAAGGGAGAGACACCGCAGUGAAUCACACCAAUCCGACUUCGACUGCCUUCUGUCUGGUACAGAGGAACUCGUCUGAGAUUGCUCCUAUUGAUUCCCGACGGUCAAUCAAUUGCUUCGACAGAGGUUGCGCUACCUGUGCUGUCGCCGCGGAGGGGUCCUCCAUCCACUUGCCGUGCUUCGUUCCGCCCUCCAUAGCCGAGAACAUCCCGUCGCCUGAACUGCCCGAAAGACAACGUCCGAGACAACAAUCGAAGCACAGAUUAUAGAUCCUUUGGGGUCAUAUCUGUAUCAAUCGAUCCAGACCUCCAGACUGCUACCAGUCUAGUAGAUGGUGAAUUGUGGGACGCCGAACGGUCUACUCCGAGUGCUUCUGAGAGGCCGCUUUGCGUUCCAUUAGGUUCCCCAGCCUGUCACGGUCAACGAUCGCAUCGUCGAGUACUGAGAGUUGUGCCCUGAAACCUAUAGAAGCUGAAUAGAUCGGGAAGGAAAGAACACACGCCGUUGUCCAGAACCUGUCAUUGCCCCGUCCAAUGGAAACUUCUUAAGGCAUGACUGUUGGCAAACGAACUGAACAUGCUCCUCCUUUCUCUCCAACUUCCAACCCCACACCCGCCAUCAUGCCCACCAGCAACGCCUGGAUCAUGGAUGAAUCCACUCGCAACAGACUCUUGAAGAAGUACAAGACCCAGGUGGCUUCGGCGACCUCGACCGUCUGCGCAACUCUGGCGGUGACUCCUCUGGAAAAUGUGAAGACGCGCAUGCAAACCCACAACUUCAAGAACAUCUUCCAGUGUGCCCGGUAUCUCUGGCGGACUGAAGGACCACGUGGUUAUGUCGCAGGUGCUCUUCCUCCGCUGGCGAGUGUGACCGCGGUCCGCGUGUUGAACUUCACCUCUUACAACUAUGCCAAGGAGGGUAUUGCCGACAUUGUCAAGAGUAUCACCGGCACAUAUCCCAUUGCCGACAAGUCCGGAAGCAUCCCGACUGUGGCUGGCGUUCUGACCUUCUCGCUUGCUGGUGCCUUUGCUGGUUUGGUGGCCGCCCCGAUUGCAUGUCCCUUUGAGCUCGCCAAGAAUGUGGUACAGACCUCCGUCCUGGUUUCCAACCGAGCUCAAGCAGCUCCUGGGGCUGCUCGUGACCCAUCCCUCCGCCGCAAGCCUCGCAUCGGCACUGUCGAGGCCAUCCAGCAGAUCAUCAAGCGACACGGUGUCCGUGGUCUGUACACUGGCUUCCACCUGCACGCUCUGCGUGACACGGUGGGCACGGCCAUGUACUUCGGGAUCUACGAGACCGUGAAGCAGGUGGCCGCCCACGAGAUCGGAUCUGACCAGUCCCCUCUCGGCGCACCCGCGAUUGCCGGGGCAAUCUGCAGCACCAUCCCUUGGUUCUGCACUUAUCCCCUCGACACCCGCAAGACCCGAGCGCAGAGCGUGCUGCUCGGAAAGACGAAGGAGAUCGGCGAGGCCUCCGUGGCUGUCGCCAAAUCCAGCAUGUACAAAGGCAUCUCCAUCAUUCUGGUUCGGACCGGGGUCAACAACAUGAUCCUUCUCAGUCUUUUCGAGUAUAUCAAGGCUCGAAUUGACCAGUUGCCCAACUGAAGGACAUGUUGGGGGCCUCGGCCGGCAUGAUGAGAUAUCGACCACCCUAAUGAAGGGGUCGUUCUUAUCUGCCACAUUCGUACUUGUUCCCUAGAGAUACGCCUUUUUUUUUGUUCAAGUACAUACCUACGUAGAUGAGCCAUGGUUGCUCAUCAGCAAAUACGAGAUUGCCGCUGGGGCUGCAAAGAAC